UGUUGACAAGCGGGUUCACACGUGUGCCGGUGCCCUCGCUGGUGCGGCAACAUCGCCCCUCCUCAUUUAUCUCCUCCUUUUUUUCUUGUUAGAAUUUUUCUUUUACUCCCCUUUUUAGCUCGCUCUCUCUCCUCUCUCUCUCUCCAAAGUUCACUCUCAAGCAUCAAUCAGUAGCCCCACCACCACGCACCACCACCACCACCACCACCACCACCACCACCUCCUAUAGCCGCACCGGCGAUACCCGAAAAAGAAAAAAAGAAAAAAAUAAUAAAAAAAAAAACCUUGUGGUGGGGGAAGAAGGAGGUGGAGGAAGAGGAGCAAGGCUUUCAUUUCGUACAGCGACGCUCCGGCCGUCUUCUUCCGUCGCCGCUCCAGCAGCGCCGCGUGCUUCGCUCGAGCUCGCAUGCUUCUCCGUCGCUCCGUCGCAGCGAAGGAAAUUCGGAGCUCCGGAUUCGGCUCCUCGCGUCUCCGUCUCGCUUUCUUUCUCCGUUCCCGAAGCUACUCCCAGCUUCGACCGCACGGUGCUUUUCGCUGAAGCGAUGUGAAAAUAUCUACGGCCGAUCAAAUCUCCGGCUUUAGAUCCGGACAGCGAUUGAAGCGGAGCGAGGAGGAAGCUUCGUCACCACGAAUGCUUCUCUUUAGAAUUACUCCUCCGGCGAGCUCUCCUGCUUUUUUCCAGCUGUUCUGCAGAUUCCUGCGAAUCGAUCGCGUCUCUUCGGGAAACUAGGCGGUCCGCGGUGGUUUUCCGAGCUCCGAGAAGGGAGAAUUCGGAUUUUAUUCAUUUAUUUUCUUUCGGCGGUUUUUUCUUCUUCUUUUUUUCUCGAGAUGGAAUCGGAUCUUCAGCAGCAGCAGCAGCAGCAGCACCAUCAUCAUGCCUUUCUGGAUCACGGUCACGACCCUCCGCUGCCUCAGCAUCACCAGCAGCAACAGAUGAGCUCGGGCCUGUCGCGUUACCGAUCCGCGCCGAGCUCCUUCGCGAGCUUGUUCGAGAGGGAUUUCUGCAACGAGUUGCUCGGCCGGCCUCCGAGUCCGGAGACGGAGCGGUUCCUCGCGCGGUUGAUCUCCGGCGGCCAGGACGAAUCGCCGGCGGCGGCGGCGGCGGCGGCGCAGAAUCUCGGUGGAUUUCAGCGGAGUCCGCCGCAGAACGAAGUGACCAAUCCCCAACCGCAGCUCAUGGAGGCGGUGAAGAGCGAAGCGAAUGUUAUUCCUCAGCAGCAGAGUAACUACUCGUCUGGUUCUUACUAUCAAAGUUCAUCUCAACAGCCUCAACCGCCUCGGCCGAAUCCAAGCUCGACCUACGGGGCCGCUGGUUCGGAUCGGUUGCCGCCGCCGCCGAAAGUUGGCGGUUCGAAUCCGAAUCUCGUUCGCCAUAGCAGCUCACCUGCAGGGCUAUUCGCCAACAUCAACAUUGAUAACGGCUUUGCUUCUAUGGAGAGCAUGAGGAAUUUUGUCGCUUGCGGCGGAGCAAAUGCCGAGGCAUCUUUUGCUAAUGCGAAUAGGUUGACCAAUCACAUGAGCUACUCAUCCAGGUCCGCUGUGGGACAUAUGAGUCCGAUUUCCGAGCUCGGGGAUAAACGCAUGGAAGCCUCCAUUGAUGAAGGUGCAGCUUUUGGUGAAGGUAACGCUAACGAUUAUGUUGCGGGUUAUCCUAUGAGCUCUUGGGAGGAUUCGGCCAGCAUGUCUGAAAAUUUUAAUGCUCUGAAAAGAAGCAGAGAUGAUGAUAAGAAGUUUUCAGGCCUAAAUGCAUCAGAUUUGGUGAACGAGGAGGUUAGGAGCCGUCCUCCCAUGGGUUUGACGCAUCACUUAAGUCUGCCAAAAACUUCGGCAGAGAUUUCGUCCAUUGAAAAGUUUUUGCAGUUGCAAGAUUCUGUGCCAUGUAAAAUUCGUGCUAAGCGAGGUUGUGCCACUCAUCCUCGUAGCAUCGCUGAGAGGGUUAGGAGAACCAAAAUCAGCGAAAGAAUGAGGAAACUACAAGAUCUCGUGCCAAACAUGGACAAGCAAACCAACACUGCAGACAUGUUGGAUUUGGCUGUUGAUUACAUAAAAGAUCUCCAGACACAGGUUAAGGGCCUGUCUGCGAAUCGUGCCAGAUGUACGUGCCUGAAUAGGCAGCAGCAAUAAUCACACCAGAUCCCAGGAAGGGAGACUCGUGUGCACUGUACAGAGCUAUAGGAGUUUGCAGGAAAGACAGCACUCUCAGAAGGCAAAUUUGGGCUUCUCUGUGCAAGCGAAAAAGAAGAUGAUAGGUAUGGUCAGGCGUGGAGACGAGAAGUUACAAAGAUAGAAAAGAAGGCUCUGAAAAGCCAAACCGAAACAGAAACUCGCUGGGUACCCCCGUAUGGAAAGCAAGAGAGGACCUGAAGAAAAGCCUCUAUGGUGUAAAGGGCGUGUCAGAUAGUAAAUGUCUUUUCGUGUUGUAAAGAUUAGGUCGGGACGUUCACCUAAAUUGCGGAUAGAUCUCUGUAUUUAUUAAAAGAGGGAGGAGAAAGCAAUAAGGGGGGGAAGAUAAGGUUUCGUUGCUAGCGUGGCCAACGACAAUAAAGAGAGAGAUGCGAUCGAUGGUUGGCGAAAAGCAUUGAAUUGGAAAAGAGAGCGAUGCGGGGGCCACUCACGUUCGUCCCUCGACCGUCGCUGUUGAAGGGGACCGGUAUUAAUGACCACCCCCCCAAAUGGCCAAAGUCGAGGUUAGAUGCCGGACCUAAGGGGAGCCUCUGAUGUGUCUCUGUUGUCCCUUCCUCAAUUGGCGACUCUUGUUAGUGUAUCUGCAUUCCAUGGUCUGCGUGUCCCAGCGCUGUCAUGCGAUGCUCGAUCGUUAAAAAUUAUGGAUUUUGUCUUGUAUUA